GGGUUUCAUAUAUCGAUCAUGGUUCGGUCAACGAAGGAUGUAUGGUCUUUAUUGACCAGCAUUACUACGAUUAUAAUAGUAGUUCAAACAGUUUUGUAUGAGAUCAAACGCAUAAGUGAGCAAUUUAUACCCAAACAAGUGAGGGAGAGAAUACUUUGGAUAGUGAAUAGUUUGGUGAAUAUUGGGUUUGGGGUGACAACCUUAAGCAUCGAUGAAUUUGAUGAUUAUUUGGGUAAUGAAAUAUACAAUGCCUCAGCCACAUAUUUAAGCACAAUAAUCACACCCUCAUCGUGUCAAAACCUCAAAGUUUUCAUGAACACCAACUUCAAGCGUACUACAAAGGGAUCAGAAAAGAACAUGAUGUCACUCACUUUGGAAAAUGGUGAAAAAAUAAGAGAUGUGUUCAAUGGAUCAAUUGUGGUGGUGUGGGAAUUUAUAGCAACAACUUCAACUAGUCCACUUAAAAACGGUUCUAGUAAAGCAAUUAUGAAUAGAACAUUUAAGCUUAGUUUUAAAAAGAAGUAUUUAGAGAAUGUGGUUGGAGUUGGAGGGUACCUUUCGUACGUAUUAGAAAAAGCCAAAGCCAUAAAUGAAGAAAGAAAAGUUGUGCAACUUUUUUAUAAAUUACAUGAUGAUUACCAUUACACAGACGGGAAUCCAUGGCUUGGUAUUGAUUUUGACCAUCCAUCUACUUUUCAAACAUUGGCUAUGGAUGAGGGAGUUAAGGAGGAAUUAAUUCUUGAUUUGGAGAGGUUUUUGGAUAGAAAAGAAUUCUACAAGAGUGUUGGUAAGGCUUGGAAACGUGGGUACUUGCUUUAUGGGCCUCCUGGUACUGGAAAAUCAAGUUUGAUUGCUGCUAUGGCUAAUUAUUUAAAGUUUGAUAUUUAUGAUUUGCAACUUUCUACCAUUCGUAAAGAUUCUAAUCUUAGGAACCUCUUGCUCUCCACAAGUAAUAGAUCUAUUUUGGUUGUUGAGGACAUUGAUUGUAGUACUACUACUAUUACUAAUUCAGACCAACGAUUAUGCAUGCAACCUACUAAUUACUACUCCAGGAAUUACAAUGAUAAGAAUGAGCUAACUCUAUCUGGAUUGCUGAACUUUAUCGAUGGAUUGUGGUCGAACUGUGGGGAUGAGAGAAUAAUAGUAUUCACAACGAACCACAAGGAGAGACUUGAUCCUGCAUUGUUGAGACCAGGCCGCAUGGACAUGCACAUUAACAUGUCUUACUGUACUUACUCUGCAUUCAAGACUCUUGCUCUAAACUAUCUUCACAUUCAAAAUCAUUAUCUUUUCCAACAAAUCCAAAACAAGAUCAACCAUGUGAAUGUUACUCCAGCUGAGGUUGCCGAGGAGCUCAUGCGUACUCAUCAUGAUGAUGUUGAUCAAGCUCUUCAACGACUACUUCUCACACUCAACUCCAAACCAACAUCAUCAUCAUCCAAUAAUUAAUCAUCCUCAAGUUGAUUUAUCUAUGUUUUUUGUCAAUUUAAUAUUAUUUGAUAUCCUAUGAACCUUUCUAUUUUUCUUUUGAUUUUUUAUUGUUUAAGUAAUAUAUUAAAUUGAUUUAUCCAAUUACAUAUGUUGUAAGUAAUCAUGGAAUUUUAUUAAUGACAAUCAACUGAAAUAAUAGCUUACAAUCUAAUUAGGAUAUUUUUCCAUUAAAGACACGAUUAAGAUUAAAAUUAAAGAAACUAGAUAAAUAAUCAAUCAUCUAAUUCUCAGAUCGUUUGAAAAAAAUUAAACUAAAAUCAAAUAAAAAAGAUUGCAGCAUCAUAAUUAACUUCAAGAACACUUAUAUUCUAUUGUUCCAAAGGUACAAUAGUAGUAAUUGUUACAGUUCAUUCAACCUCGUAGUUUGAGCACUCAACUUUUGUGUAAAGUACGUAACUACACUACUAUACCAACCCCUUCAAGUCGUAGAACACUUGUUAUUACCAACCACUAACAAUGAUUUGAUGGCAACCCAUAGAAGAAUAAAAAAGAACCAACAAUAAAACAGAACAAAACAAAACCAUGUGACAGAGACAAGACAAACACUCAAAACUAUCUCAUAAAGACAAGACCAAAACACUAAAAACUAUGUCACAAAAACAAGAUUAAUUGCUAUAGCAAAAAUUUAAUUGUAGUAGAAAAACACAGC